GAGAAGAGAGACUCAGAGAAACCCAUUCGAAAUAAUCAAAAAUGGCUUCAAGACCCAUUGUACCUCAACAAGCCAGAGGCGAGGCCGGCGUUGGAGGAGCAAGAGCAGCAGUUCAUAAGCAGACAAAGAAGACUGAGGUAGGAGAUGGGAGGAGCCGCCGUGCAUUGGGAGAUAUUGGGAAUCUGGUGAAUGUUAGAGGAAUGGUUGAUGGCAAGCCUCAGCCUCAGAUUCAUCGUCCCCUCACAAGGUCUUUCUGCGCACAAUUACUUGCCAAUGCACAAGCUAACGUAGCCGCUGAGAACAACAAGAAAAAUGUUUGUGUUAAUGUCGAUAAAGCUUCUGUUCUUGAUGGAGCCGCUGUGCCUAAAAGGGCUGUUGUUGCUGCUGCUGCACCAAAGCCCGUUCAAAAUAAACCAACUGCUAAGCCCAAACCGGCGGAAGUUAUUGAAAUUAGUCCGGAUACUGAAGAAGCGGUGAAGGUGAAGGAGAAGAAAGACAAGGUUCCUGUCAAUAACAAGAAAGCAACUGAGGGAGAGGGAUCAUCAAACAAGAAACUACAUACUCUUUCCUCAGUCCUCACAGCCAGAAGCAAGGCGGCCUGUGGGAUUGCCAACAAGCCAAAGGAGGAGAUUGUUGAUAUUGAUAAAGCAGAUGCUAAUAACGACUUGGCUGGGGUGGAAUAUGUUGAUGACAUCUACAAGUUCUAUAAAUCAGCUGAGAAUGAGAGCAGGCCACAUGACUAUAUGCACUUGCAAACUGAUAUUAAUGAGAAGAUGAGGGCAAUUCUUAUUGAUUGGCUGAUAGAUGUCCAUCAAAAGUUUGACCUUUCACCCGAAGCACUCUAUCUCACCAUCAAUUUGAUUGAUCGGUUCCUUUCUGUGAAAAUUGUGCCUAGGAGGGAAUUACAACUGCUGGGCAUGAGUGCCAUGCUUAUUGCCACCAAAUAUGAAGAAAUCUGGCCCCCAGAGGUCAAUGAUCUAGUAUGCAUUGCAGAUAGAGCUUACACUCAUGAACAAAUACUUAUCAUGGAGAAAACUAUACUGGGAAGGUUGGAAUGGACUUUGACAGUGCCCACACCCUAUGUAUUCCUAGUUCGAUUCAUCAAGGCAUCGGUUCCUGAUGAGAAGAUGGAAAACAUGGUAUAUUUCCUAGCAGAGUUGGGAGUGAUGCAUUAUGAGACCAUAAUGUUCUGCCCAUCAAUGGUAGCUGCCUCAGCAGUCUAUGCUGCUCGUUGCACUCUAGACAAGAACCCUACUUGGACUGACACACUCAAGUUUCACACUGGUUACUCUGAACCACAGCUCUUGGAUUGUGCUAAACUGCUGGCUUGUUUCCAUUCAAAGGCUGCAGAAAGUAGGCUUAAGGUUAUAUACAGAAAGUACUCGAGUUCUCAGCGAGGAGCUGUUGCAUUGCUUCCACCAGCCCAAAAGCUAUUAUCUGCUGCUUCAGUUUAAAAAUAUGCUUAGAUUUUUAUUUUAGGUUCGGAACAGUUUACUUGCUGUCAACGAUUGAUCCCAUUAAAAAAACUCAUUGAUUAGCAGAGUUGUUUUUGAGUUGGGUUUUAUUUUCAGCCCAAUUUUGAGUUGUUUUAAAUUGUAUUGGGGCUUCAUAGUUAUC